GACGAUAAGUUUUCUUUUCUUGUAACAUAUUUGGGAGUGACAAAGUCGCAAAUUUGGGAUCAGAGCCAAAUUGACAGCAGAAAAUGUACUUCAUUUUCACUUUCAAUUUUACUCAAACCAUAAGUGAUCAGAAAUAUUUGUAUUAUUAUUGAAGUGUAAUGCAGCACAGUUUUUGUUUAUUUUUCUUGAUGAGGAAAUGCACAGUAAAACUAAAAAUAAGUAAAAUGUAAUGAAUUCAGGAGAGAAACUGCACUGAACUCAAACCCACACAUUAAUUUGGAGUGCAGCCGAUAUAUAGUAACUAGUGAAUGGUCUUUACAUUUAGAUGCCUUAAAAUUCUAUCUAAAAAGGAAUACAUUGGAAUUUUCCCAUCCCAAUCUACACAACCUACUACACAUUUUCAAAGUGGAAGAUUUAAAAAAAGAAUAAUCAACAAAAAAAAAUACUUGGUUAAGCACCAUUUACUUGGUUAAAGCACCAUUUGCAGCCAUUAAAGAUGUGAAUCAUUUUGAAUAAUAUUCUACCAAGCUCAGUAGUUGGUUGAAAAUCUUUGAUGGACAGCAACAUACAAACCUUGUCUCUGAUUUUCAAGCAAAUCUAAUUCAGGACACGGACUGGAGCGAACAGAAACACUCAACACCUCUUGGAAAGGCAUUCAGUUGUUUCUUUGGAAUUAGAUUUUGUGCAAUUAUUGUCCCGCUAAAGAAAUACAACUCUAUCCCAGGGUUAGGUUAUCAAGAAGACAGAGGCGGGUUUUCCUUUAUCUUUUUACCUGGGCAUUGCUCCUUUCAUAUUUCCUUUUAUCCUGACAAACUUUCCAGUCCCUGCCGAUGACAAGAAUACCCAAACAUGGUGCUGUCGUCACAAUACUUGAAAAUAUAGGGGGUUUCACUCUGUGUUCUGUUGUAUUUGAUUUGACACAAGACUGAAGUUUUUCAAUUUAGACCAUAAAGUGUAUGUCUUUGCUGUGUUGUCUUGCAGUAUUACUUAACAGCCUUAAUGCAAACGGAAUGAAUGAUUUGGAGUUGUUUUUUUUAGCACAGACUCCCUUCUUUUCACUUUGUCAUACAGGCCAGCAAUGUGGAGAGGAUUCAAUGUUGUUAAUCGUCUCUAUUUUGUGGUUGUAGCAUCAUGUUAUAGAUCAUGAUCACUUAUUUUAGCAAAAUAACUUAUGUUCCCAGGGCACAUGAGUGGAGAAACUUGUUAAACAUGAAAUACAGGCAACAUUUCUGACAUUACCCCAUCCUGCCCUACCUUGGAUGAUGGGUUUAUAAGGACCUGUCUCCCAGCCCAGAUACCACUGCUGUUCAUCUGCCUGUCUACCAGACCAGCCCAGAGUACUGUACCACUGCUGUUCAAAUGCCUGUCUAUCUGUCCAGAAUGAAGCUUAUCCUGACUCUCUCUCUCAUCUGCACUCUCUUCUGCUCAGUUGAGAUGCUGCAGUGUUUCAACGACUCAUUUAUAGUCAACUGUUCAGCCCCUUUGAGAGAAACAUGUCUCACUGCAACCAUCAAUGCAAAAGGUCUCAUCAAUUCAACCCAGGUAGUCAAGGAGUGUUCCCCAAUCUUGAGCUACGGUGAAGCCACAGUGUCAGUGAACCUGGGCUUCUUACACAUUGCCUCUAACCAGUUAUUUUGUAACAUCGAUGGGUGCAACAAACAAACUCUACAGUCUGCCCCCAAUUUGGCUAACGGAAGAGAAUGUCCCUCCUGCAGCAGCUUCAGGGAUACGAUGUGUAACAGCACUGUGACCUGCCUGGGUGUGGAAGACCAGUGUUUUAGCAGCAGUGUAACACCUGGCAUCAAUUCUACUACGGUGAAUCUCAAGGGCUGUACAACUUCCAACGUGUGCAUUUCCAUUAAUCAACUGCUGCCCUCAAUAAGUCAACUGCUGCCCUCAGUGAAUCAACUGCUGCCCUCAGAGAUUAGCAUUAGUGACUUCAGUAAUGUGUUCACCUGUAAGACAGCUCCUGUAACUGUAACCACAGCUCCUGUAACUGUAACCACAGCCUCUGUUAUUGUAACUACAGGCCCUGUAACAGCCACAGCCUGGUCCAUCAGACUGAGCCUAGUCUCUCUGCUGCUGGGCCUCACUAUCAGCAAAUUAAUCUGAUAUAAACAGAGAUGAACAUAUUGGGACUCAUCUGACAACAUAAUGCAUUGAUUAGAACACAACAUAAUGUACAAUGAUUUUCAUGUAUUGUGAAAUAUGUACUAUAAGUGAAAUUAUGUUAUUUAUUUGGAAUUUUCCAGAUGACGCCCUGUUACAUUAUAUAGUGUGUUUGCUUAUAUAUUUAUCUGUAUAUUUUAUCAAUUGUGAUUGCUUGUAAGUUUAAAAGAAAUAAUGUGUUUAAAUGCCAAUAAAGUUUCUAUCACUCUACCAACAUGGAAAUAAA